GAUAGGUCUGACAGAAACAAUUGUGGCAGUGAGCAAUAUCUCUUAUCCGUACGAAAAACGGGUAGAAACCGGCACUGGACAUGGUAGCUAUCCGCAUCUGACACUGGGUGCUGUUUAAUAUCAUGCAACAAUACAUUUGGUGUAGUAUGAUAUGCUUCUAUGUUUAAAACAACCCAUCUCCUCGGAAUUAGCAGCUUCACCAGAAGUGACAACUAUCCAUACAAGCUGUACCUUGUUCUAUUGCCUCAGAUUAGCAACCGUAUUAAUGGCUAAUCCUCUGGUCAACCUCCCAGCGACCCGCUCUACGGCGCCAAACACCGACUCGAGCAACUUCGUUGGCAGUAUGCCGAGCCGACAAAGGAUCUCGUCGAGGUUGCAACAAUCCACCAUUGCCCAGAACAGCAGGCUACGUCAGCUGUGGACGUCCCGAUGGAUCCAUCCUCAGAGAAAGGCAUACCUCCAUGCCUUGGUUGACACGAGCAAUUGCUGGUCACUCAUACUCACCAUUUUCUAUAUAAAUGGUCUGGAUCAAGCGCUGUGCAAUGGCAUUCCGCCAGGCGUGGAAUUCUAUAGGAUUCACACGGCUUGGCAAAUCAUUCUUGCAGCAGUCGUGGGCGGCUCGCUCGGCUCUCUUUUCAAGACGAUUGGGGAAUGGAACGAACAGAUCCCUCGUCCGGGAAAGAACUUGGUCGUCGUAGGCCGCGUUCACCUGCCUUUGUGGUUGUACAUGUGCCUUACGCUUGUCGGAACAUUUACCCUUUCGUUUAUGGCGAGCGGAGGCCUGAGAAAGAUGCGCAGCUAUGCACGGGCGGCGCAGGCUCCUAGUGAACAGUUUCCAACCAACUGGGCCUGGUAUGGGGUUGUGACGGCGAUAUGUGAUAUCAGCCUAUUAGCGGUGGCUGCUGAUGCUAUCAUUCGGCACAAAAUGAUGGUCAGUCAGGAACGGGAUGUUGUAGAUGAUACGGUCGAUAAGCGGCCAGGGCAGUCAGGCUCGGCCUAA